GCCAAGAUGAAGUACCAAUUUGUAAUUCUUGUUGUUGCAUUGGUUUUCGUUUGCGUCGAGUCCAAGCCCGCUGGUGGCGAGGAAUCGAAAAUUUUGAAAUAUGACAGUGAUGUGAGAGAAGACGGUUAUUCCUUUGCCUUCGAAACCAAUGAUCCCAUUACACGUAACGAAGAAGGAGUAAUUGUGCCUGGUUCAUCUCAAGCGCAAGGUAGAAGCGCUGAAGAAGGAGAAGACAACAGCAAUCUUCAAGUUAAGGGCGACUUCGGUUUCAAUUUCCCUGAUGGAAUCCCCUUCCACGUAGAAUUUGUAGCUGACGAAAAUGGCUACAGGCCCAAAGUUUCAUUUGGGACGCAUGCAUAAGUUUAUUAAUUGUGCUCAAAUAUUUUGUAUAUUUUUAAGAAAAUCGAUUUUUUGAAUCGAAAAUGUAUAUGAAACUCUUUUG